AUGCACAAAAUCCCUCCCGUGGUCUGCAAGGGUUUUAUUUACAUGGACAGACGCCGUGUGGCCGGUGCAGCAGGGAAGGACCAGGCCAGCCGGCUCCCGGACGAGGGGACAAGGGUUUGGGCUGGGACGUGCACCAGAGGCGUGCCCAUGUGCCACCGGCCGGGGCUGCGCUGUGUCCCCCGCGCCCAGCGGUGCUGCCGGCUCUCCUGGGGAGCCCAGGUGCCGGGGAGCAGCUGCGGCCGGAGGAAGAGGUGUCAGCUGGGCCUGGAAAUUCCUGGGUCGGAGAAGCAAAGCAGUUCUCCUCGCCAGGAGCAGAGGCCCAGGCGAGCCGUGGUCCUGCACGGCUCCCAGCCCAGCCCGACGCGCGAGGUUUUUACACAGAUUAAGGACAAUAAGGUUCGGAAGGAUGUCGGAGAUCUUGCAGCACCAAAUGCACCGCAGAGAAAUGGGGGGCUCAUUGCAACAAAGGCGCUGGUGAUGUCCAAAGAUGCUGCAAAGUUUGCUUGGGCACAUGAGCCCUCCCUGCCCUUGUGCCGUCCAGACAUUGUCCAAAACAAACACCUCAGCCCGGGUCCUCCUCCAACGAGGUCAGACCUGAAGCUGGCGGGCCACGGUCUCGGGCACGACGCUGGGAUUUGCUGUGCUUCUGCCCUGUCGCAGCUGAUUCACUGUAGAUGUUCCAGGUGUUUUUCCUUCCCUUCAAAGCGAAGGAUAAGAAAACGGCCCCGAGUCCUGACGUUGUUAAGUCUGCCCGAGGAUGUUCUUUUUCACGUUCUGAAAGGCCUUCCCGCCGAGGACAUCCUCUCGGUCAGAGCUGUGCACUCGCAUCUUAAGUACCUUGUGGAUAAUCAUGCUAGUGUUUGGGCGUGUGCAAGUUUCCAAGAAAUAUGGCCUUCUCCAAACAAUCUGAAGAUGUUUGAAAGGGCUGCUGAAAGGGGUAACUUUGAAGCUGCUGUGAAGCUGGGGAUAGCGUACCUGUACAAUGAAGGCUUGUCCAUCUCCGACGAGGGUCGUGCAGAAGUGAAUGGGUUAAAGGCAUCUCAUUUCUUCAGUCUGGCGGAGCGGUUGAAUGCAUGCGCAGCCCCGUUUAUCUGGCUUUUUAUCCGUCCUCCCUGGUCCUUGAGUGGAAGCUGUUGUAAAGCUGUGGUCUAUGAGAGUCUCAAAGCAGAGUGUCAGUUGGAGAAAGCUCAAAAGGGAUCUAUUCUCCAUUGCUUGGCUAAAGUCUUGAGUCUCUUUGAGGAUGAAGAAAAAAGAAAAGAAUCCCUUGAAAUGUUUGAAGAAUCUUCAAAGCAGGGUUGUUUAAACAGCUCCUACCUCCUUUGGGAAAGUAACAGAAAGGCUGCUAUGUCCGAUCCUGGCAGAUACCUCCAAAGCCUCAGGAAGCUACGGGACUAUGCAGCGAAGGGCUGCUGGGAAGCACAGGUAGCUUUAGCCAAAGCUUGUGGGACUGGAAACCAACUAGGAUUAGAAGCAAAAUCUUCCAGUGAAAUGGUGUCUCAAAUCUUUCAAGCUUCCCUUCCUAUCAGCAAGCAAAGUAUCUUCACUGUGCAGAAAGGAAUGAAUGAAACAAUGAGGUACAUCCUGAUUGACUGGCUGGUAGAAGUGGCUACCAUGAAAGACUUUUCUAGCCUGUGCCUUCACAUGACGGUGGGAUGCGUGGAUCGCUAUUUGAAGCUGAGACCUGUACCUCGGGCUCGACUACAACUUUUGGGAAUAGCCUGCAUGGUCAUUUGCACACGUUUCAUCAGCAAAGAGAUCUUGACAAUACGGGAAGCUGUGUGGCUAACAGACAACACGUACAAAUACGAAGACCUGGUCAGAAUGAUGGGUGAGAUCAUUUCUGCCCUAGAAGGAAAGAUAAGGAUACCGACCAUUGUGGACUACAAAGAAGUAUUGUCAAAUGUCGUCUCACUGGAGAGAAGAACCCUUCACCUCUACAGCUUCAUUUGUGAGCUGUCCCUCUUAAACACGAGCCUUUGUGUGUAUUCCCCAGCUCGGCUGGCUGCUGCGGCGCUGCUGCUGGCCAAGAUACUACACAGGCAAGCACACCCCUGGACCAGCCAGCUGUCCGAGUGCACCGGUUUCUCUCUUGAAGACCUGUUGCCCUGCGUGCUAAGCCUCCACCAAAAGUGUUUCCAUGACGAUGUCCCAAAGGAUUAUAGGCAGGUGUCCUUAACCGCAGUGAAACAACGAUUUGAAGAUGAGCGUUAUGAAGAAAUAGGCAAAGAAAAGAUGAUGAGUUACAGCCAGCUCUGUUCGUUGCUGGGUGUGAAACAGGAGGACCCGGAGCCCAGUCCCUUGCACACGAACGUGGUGGAAAUUCAGACUUUCCUUAGCUCUCCCUCUGGAAAGAGACCUAAAAGGAGGAGGGAGGACAGCAUUCAGGACGACAGAGGCAGCUUUGUGACUACGCCCACAGCAGAGCUAUCCACCCAGGAAGAAAGUCUGCUAGAUAACUUCCUAGACUGGAGUUUAGAUUCCUGCUCCGGUUAUGAAGGUGAUCAGGAAAGUGAAGGCGAGAGAGAUGGAGAUGUGACCAGUCCCAGUGGGAUCCUGGACGUGACGGUGGUCUAUAUGGAUCCUGCGGAGCACUGCUGUCAGGACUCCAGUGACGAGGACAACCUGGCUGUGGAGUGGGCUGGGCAGGCGGCAGCACCGAGGGAGGCCCAGCUGCUGGAUGACGCUCGCAGCCUUUCAGCCUAUCUCACCCCGAGAAAUCCCAACCGGGAAGGGAGCUCGGGCUACUCUUCCGUCAACAGUGCCAGUCCUACGUCUUCUGCGGAAGGCAGCCUUGGAGCACCUCUCAAACCUACCUCAGCGCUGCCUCUUGGCAGUGCCAUCAGCAAGGAGCCGCGCCUGCCUCGCGACCUGGAAUCACGUUUGCAGUCGGUCUGUGCUAGGCCUAGGGAGGGCAAGUGUGACAGAAGGCAGGUCAAGCGGAAAAACGUGGCAGAACAUAGCGAAGAAAGGGUGAACUUGGGCUUCUUAAGCCUCUGA